GGCAUGUCGACAUCUAGAACGUAACAUUUUAUAGCAACCCCUUUAAUUGUAUAUAAAUAACUUUAAAGUUGCUUUUUAUUGUGACAUUGUUGGCUGAGUCUGGACACGAGUUGAGAAUUAUAUUACUCAAACUAUGGCAUUGGAUUUGGAAAAAAUGAAGAAAAUUAGAGAGAGUUUAAAACCUGUUCCCUUACCGGAGCAUGAUGGAGUUUGUUAUCCAUCUUUUCUUCCAUUCAGAGAGAAAGGAGCCGAACAAGCUUUGAAAGAUAUCACUAAUUUCCAGUCAAGAGAUACAGAUAUUAUGAUAUGCACGUACGCAAAGUCAGGAACACAUUGGAUAAACGAAAUCACCAGUAUGUUAAUCCGAAAAACAGCAGAACUCGAUAAUAUAAACAAAGCUACGACGAUGCUGGAAACCAUUUCCGACUUUUCUGUCACGGAUGACCUUCCAUCGCCUAGACUACUCAACACUCAUUGUCAGUUCCGGUAUCUUCCAAAGGGACACAUCGAACAUAGGGGCAAGAUAAUACACAUGAUUAGAAACCCGAAAGACACAUGCGCAUCGUAUUAUCACCAUUCGAGGAAAGACAAUAUAUUUCUUAGCUUCUUUGGAACUUGGAAUGAGUUUUUCGACUUGUGGAUGUCGGCAAAAUGUGCAUAUGGAUCAUGGUACACUUAUGAAAAGGGUAUUGAACAAGCAGAGAAAGACUAUCCUGGCAUGAUAUUCACUUGCUCUUAUGAGGAAAUGAAAAAGGACCCCAAAACAGAGAUUAGGAAGCUAGCCGACUUCCUAGAAGUACAAUGCACAGAUAAACUUAUAGAAGACAUUGCAAAAGCAACAUCAUUUGAGAACAUGAAAGAAAAUAAGAUUGAUUUUUCAAAAGCUGGGGACGGAAUAACAUUCAUAUAUAGAAAAGGAAUAGUAGGAGACUGGAAAAACCACUUCACAGUAGCACAAAAUGAACAACUUGAUGCCCAAUAUGUUGAAGAGUUUCAAGACUGUUCAUACAAAUCUAUGUUUGAUUUAGAAUUAUGUACAAUAAAGUAA